ACUCCAGCGAUCCAUCCGCAUUGUUUUAAAUAUGUGGUAAACGUAAAAUGCUGUAUUUGUCGUAAAACAGGGGUAAGGCAACUACACUAACAAACAACAGAAUAAACAGCGCCGAUUUAAAGUCAUUACAUAUACACUGGGAUAUCGACGGUUUUCUAAAGUUUCCUAAGGCAAUGGCAGCGUCUUCCUCGUCCUCCUCUGCGGGAGGUGUAAGCGGCAGCUCAGUGACUGGUUCUGGAUUCAGUGCUUCAGAGCUCAUCCCUCCACGUAAAGUCCUGUACACUUAUCCUAAAGGUGCAGGUGAAAUGAUGGAAGAUGGCUCUGACAGAUUUUUAUGCGAGUCUGUAUUCAGCUACCAAGUUGCCUCAACACUGAAACAGGUUAAACAUGAUCAACAAGUGUCUCGAAUGGAGAAACUCGCAAGCUUGGUGGAGGAGCUGGAAGCGGAUGAGUGGCGGUACAAACCGAUUGAACAGUUGUUGGGAUUUACACCGUCUUAAAUAAAGAGAUCCAGAUGCCUUUGGUUAAUUAAUCAGCCAAAUAAAAGGAAAAGGGAAGGAGGUGGUCUAUUUGAGUUCAUAACUUAUAUUCCUUCUUUAUGGUUUUAUUCUAUAUCUUAAGUGUGAAAUGUUACCUGGAGAUAAUGAAUGUGAGAUUUAUUAUUUUAUCACUUUUACUAUCAUAUGAGCAUGACUUUUUUUUUUUAUAUAUGUGACCUAGUACAUUAAAGUAAACCCUUGUAAACAAGAUUCUUCUUAUCAUGUACUGAUAGCUAAACUAGCAAAGGUUCUAUAAUAAAUUGUUAAUUGUUUUUUUCAGCUGGUUUAAACAAAUAAAAUGUUCCGCCAGUCCAGUCUACUCUUAGCCUCAGGCAAGAAAUAUCUUUGGUAACAUAAUAAAUCCCUUGAAGUGAGGCAUUGUGUUUCUACAUGGCUGCAAUGUAACUCAUAAAUCUGAAAACCUGGUGCCUGUUCAGUCUGUCCUCCUCUCUCUGUUGGUCCUCAUUGCUGCUUGGUGGAAAACAAAGAGAGCUUGUAAAUAAAGUCAUACUUCAACA